AUGGCUAUCUCCAUUGUCAAGGCAGAGCUCUUGGCCCUAUUCCUUGAGGCACUCGUAUAUGGCAUUUUCUUCUGUCUGUACUUCUUGCUUCUCAUCGUCAUCGCUCAAGACAAGCGCGGCGGCGCGCAUGCCCACCGGCAAGACUUCGUGAUAUGGGUCGCGUCGAUUAUGAUGGUGUUCACAACAGCGCAUCUUGUAAUUGACGCUGUACGUGCCUUCGUUGGGUUGACAGGUGAAACGGAUGCCGCCGAGGCAUUCUUCCAUAGCGUGACGAACGGCUCGUUUCUGGCGAAGACGGUGUUAUGGAUGGGGCAGACUGUGCUCGGAGAUGGCAUUUUGAUUUGGCGAUGUUAUGUGGUUUACGGCCGACGGAUACUGUAUGUCUCACCCAUGAUCGCUGGAUCAAUCCUCUACGUCUGCUCCGCGAGCGCUAUCCUUUACAACUUCACACACUCUCAGCCAGGCGCUACUAGCGUCUUCACGGGUCAAUACCAGAAGUGGAUAGUGUUAUACUUCAGCUGUACGAUGUACAUCAACAUCCUUUGUUCCGGCGCAAUGGCCUACCAGAUCAUCCGCAAAACUCGACCUAUGCGCCGCACAGGAGCAGUGAUGCCUGUACUAGUCGCCAUCAUCGACACGGCGGCGUUGUAUACGACCGGAUAUAUUGGACUGCUCAUCUCCUUCCUAUCUGGCUCGGAUGGGCAGUUCGCGGCGGUGGACGUCAUCAUGCCGCUCAUUGGCGUCACGUUCGUUUUGAUCUUCUUACAAACACGAUUCCGAGAGUUACUCAGCACAUCUGGCGCAUGGUCCUCUGGCGCACGCAUCACAGAGACGCGAUCCCAGUUCAGCGAGCGCCUGAGGCAGCGCUAUGGCUUCUCCCCUCAACGAGGGCCAAGUCAAGGCUUGAACACAACGUACCCGACGAUGACCGCGAUCACUGUCGAGAUCACGCAGGAGACGGAGGUCGACAGGGACGAAGAGCGUGGAAGGCCACGGUCUGCUGACAAGCCGAUGGAGUUGGAAACCAUCAAAUCUGAGAGUACCCUUGGCGGAAGGGAUGUUACCGGAGCUGUAUGA